AUUUUUCAUACCACGUCUGUCAGUCUCAAAAUCAACGUGGGUGAUUGGGGUUAGGUUAGUUGUGUUUCUAGUUUUUGGGGUGGCCGUAAUUAUGAGCAAAUUUGAUCGUCGUGAGGAUUCUCCGGAGUCCUCUUCUGAAUCUGAAGAAGAAGUUGGAGAAGGAACGCUUGUCCCUGAUCGUAAACCUGAACGCAUCAGUUUGAUCAAAAACAAAGAUGUUCGCAAGGCCAAAUUUGCCAAGGCGAAGGAGGCGAAAACAAGGAAAAAGAAGGCUUUGAAGAAAAAGCGAGAGAAAGAAGGAGUCGAAAAGCAAGUUCCACACACUAUUGAAUCAUUGAGGGUUCCAGAUGAAACAACAAUUAAUAUCACAGAGGAGAAACAGCUUGAAACAGAGAAAGAUCAUGAACUUGAUGAACUCAGCACAUACUUUAGCCGGGAGGUAGAGCCCAAAGUGCUCAUCACAUACUGUGACAAUCCUCACAAGAGAACUCGUAUAUUUGGAAGAGAGCUCACCAGGAUAAUUCCCAACUCUCUCUCCCUGUACCGGAAUCGGUCUGGAGCAAAGAAGAUAAUGCAGAGCGCCAUUAAGGAAGGAUUCACUGAUGUCAUCAUUAUUAAUGAAGAUAUGAGCAAGCCCAAUGGCCUUCUUUUGACACAUUUACCAAAUGGCCCCACUGCGCAUUUUCGCCUCAGUAAUGUCAAAAUUACUCCAGAACUAAGGCGCAACUACAAAGAAAUAGGUAAUUGUAGGCCAGAGGUCAUUCUGAAUAACUUCACCACUCGCCUUGGCCUCACGGUGAGCAGAAUGCUGGCUUCCUUGUUUCACUACGACCCUGAAUUUAAAGGACGUCGCGCUGUUACCUUCCACAACCAGAGAGACUAUAUAUUUUUCAGACAUCAUAGAUAUCAGUUCAGAAAUGAAAAGAGAGCUGCACUAAGAGAACUAGGUCCUCGUUUCACAAUGAAGCUAAGAUCUCUGCAGCAUGGAUUAUUUGACAGCAAAUCUGGUGAAUAUGAAUGGACUGCCGAGGGCCGCAGGCAUGAAAUUGAGACUAGCCGUCGCAAGUUCUUCUUAUAAUUUUGUCACCUCAAUGUAUUGCUUCCAUCACUGAUAAUGGUGGAAAUUCUCAUAUCGCAAGAAAAAUUAAAUAUGUCUUCUACACACA